AUGGUUCUUUCUUACAAAAUCCUCGCCUGCUUGGCAGCGGCAAAGGCCUUGGCAGUCCCCGUCGAGGAACAUUCAACUGAGCUCUCCGAGCGAUCCACUACCAGCUCUACCGGCUACAGCAACGGUUACUACUACUCCUUCUGGACCGAUGGAGGUGGCGAUGUGACCUACACGAACGGUGACGCCGGAUCAUAUACCGUUGAGUGGUCCGACGUGAGCAACUUCGUCGGUGGAAAAGGGUGGAACCCCGGAAGUGCCCAGAACAUCACCUACAGCGGUACCUUCACCCCCGAUGGCAACGGCUACCUCUCCGUCUACGGUUGGACCACCGACCCUCUGAUCGAGUAUUACAUCGUGGAAUCCUACGGCGACUAUAAUCCUGGGAGUGGAGGUACAUACCAGGGCACUGUCACCUCAGACGGAGCAACGUACGAUAUUUACACUGCUACCCGGACCGACGCCGCUUCGAUCGAGGGAACCGCCACAUUUACGCAGUACUGGUCUGUUCGGCAGUCCAAGCGGGUUGGAGGAACCGUGACGACUGAGAACCAUUUCAAUGCGUGGGCUGAGUUGGGAAUGGACUUGGGUACUCAUAAUUACCAGAUUGUGGCUACGGAGGGUUAUGAGAGCAGUGGGUCUUCGGAUAUUACUGUUGGGUAAAACAUCGGGCCAUGAGAUAACGUGCCGUACGGGGGUAGAAGAUCGAGAAAGGAAUCUGUCUCUACUGCUCGGAUAUGUUGUUCGUUUUCCCCACGUUUAGUGUG